AUGCCGAAUACAAAUCUCGAGGAGCUUAGAAAAAAGAAUAUACAGAGAAACAGGGACUUGUUAAAAAGCUUGAAAUUAGACCAGAUCAAUGAUUCUUUGUCACGAGUAACAAAGCCCAAAAUCCAGAACUCCGGUAAAGCAUCGUCUGCUCGGAAUAAAAAACCACCUCAAGCACCGAUAAGACGGUCUCAGCGUUUGAAUUCAACGCCCGAAGCCAAAGAAUUACACAGGGUACGUGAAGAGGAAAUAGAGAGGGAUCGCUUGAGAGAGAAGCGUGUCAAUGAAUUGAGACAGACCAAACUCAUUGGCAAUUAUAGUUUAUUUGACAUUCUAGCAGAAAAGAGCCUGGGGAAUCUUAAAUACGAAUCACGAGUGCUUAAAAUUGAUCCCAACUUUGAUGAAAGUAUUCUGGAAAAUAAGACAGAGGACAGUGAUCGCAAGAGAGAAGAUCUUGAUGUAUUGGCAAGACUUCUGGAAUUAGGAGGGCGCUAUUCUGCUGGAGAUUUCUACGAAACAAUCGAACUGGUUGUUUCAGGUAACCACCAGCCGUUGAGGGAUCUUCGAAAAGAGUUCAAUUCAUUGACGUUGAACAAAAGGUUUGAACCUUCUAAAGUCAAACUUGUGAAUCAGCGUAUUACUUCCAUUCUCUUCCACCCUGCCCAAGAUGAUAGACUUGUUUUCGCUGGAGAUACCAAUGGGACCUUAGGUAUUUGGGCAGUCGAUUCAUCCAAUGCCGACGAUGAUAUUCCAGUAAUAACAACCAUUAAACCUCAUGGAAGGACUAUUUCAAGAAUUACUGAGAUGCCUUCGUCACCAAACCGAAUUGUAAGCGUUUCGUAUGAUGGUUCUGCAAGGAUGAUGGAUAUACAUAAACAGACAUCAAUUGAAUUGUUUUCAGUGAGUGAUCAAGAUGGUGAGACUUUAGGGAUUUCAGAUGUCAACGUACAUCUUUCCACGCCACAAUCACUAGUUGUUUCCACGCUAGAGGGUCAUUUGUUUCAAUGUGAUACAAGAGCUCCAAAAACGACUAUCACAUAUCUGAGCCUUUUGCGCUUACACGAUAAGAAGAUUGGUGGCUUCAGUAUCAACCCCAACCGGGAGUAUCAAAUAGCCACUGCUUCUUUGGAUCGCUCUUUCAGGAUAUGGGACUUGAGGUACAUUUCUCAAAGAAACUCAUAUUCGGACAUCGAUGAUAAACUCAAAUCUCCGCACUUGUAUGGAUCCUACUCUUCGAGACUCUCAGUUUCGAAUGUGGAUUGGAAUUCAAGCAAUCGGUUGGUAUGUAAUGGUUAUGAUGAUCAGAUUAAUAUUUUUGAUCUAAGCGGCGACCAUCAUUAUUAUCGUGAUAUUAAUCAAUGGGGGAAAUCUUACGUUCCAGUCUUUGAAGGAUCGCCAAAAAAAACCACAGGUAAUAUAAGAAGUGUUAAUUCUAUACAUCAUAAUUGCCAAUCUGGUCGAUGGGUCUCUAUUUUGAAGGCAAGAUGGCAAAUGCGGCCAGCAGAUAGUUUUCAAAAGUUUGUGAUAGCUAACAUGAAGCGAAGCUUUGACAUUUACAGCCAGCACGGAGAACUUAUUGCAAACUUGAAGGCCCCAGAGAUGACAGCUGUUCCUGCAGUUGUUUCUUUCCAUCCGUCACAAAAUUGGAUCAUUGGCGGUACAUCCAGUGGAAAAGUGUUUCUAUGGGAAUGA